AUGGCACGAGCUGAUGGCGCUGCACAACAUUGGGAGACAGAUGAACUGCUGUAUUCGAGUAGAGAUAGCGACGACAGUCCCAUACUGUCUUACAGAUACGAGAAGAACCGCAAGUAUGCGCCAUACAUACGCGAGGGCAAGACGGAAGACAGAGAGAGGAGGUCCACCUUCAGCGUCCUAGCUAAAUUCUUCCUCUUCAGUAGUGCCAUGAUAUUAUUCUGCGUGUUGCUGUACAUACCUGUAUAUAAUAAGGCCAAUGACCAAGUGCUUAAACCUGCGGUAGCGGGCUGGUCAAUACAUACAAAUAGGGAUACAAAAAUAUACGUUCAACCAGAAAACGUCACAACAAUCCAUGAACCAAAGGACGUCUGUCCAAAAACCAGUAGAAACGAUAAGAACAAACUAUUUCUCCUCAUUGUGGUUUGCUCAUCUACCGUCAACUUCGAACAGCGUGUCGCCAUCAGGGAAACUUGGGGCAACUACAAGAAUUAUUUGAAGUUCUCUAGAAUUUUCCAUGCCGUUAAAGAGAAAUACAAAAACUACAAUGCUAGCGAUCUCGAAGUAGAGUCAACAGAUGCCAGUUCAAAUAAAAAUCUUAGUAUAGAUAGUUUAGAUAGAAUAAAACGAGACAUAUCCGGCUUUGGCCAGCUAUUACCCGAAUUAGCGAAAGCGUUACAAAACAACCUGGCUGAUGCGAACACUGAGCCAGUGGAGGAGAAACGUUUCGAUGACGAAAAAGAGGAUGAUAAAAUGUUGCCAGAAUUCGACAUGAAUAAAGUUAUAGGAGAUCAAGAAGAAGCCACCGAUUUUGAUUACGAUUACGGAAGUAACAUUAUGAAAAUACCGCCAAAAGGCUACGAGGAUUCGCCCGAUGUUGGCAGAAUAAUAUCGCUGUUAAAACAUGUGAAAACAUUCCCCAAAAUUGAGGAAAGUGAACCGGAUCCUGGCAACACAGAACCAGACUUCAAGCUAGUCUUCCUUUUGGGGUUACCACCACAUGAUAAUGAUACAGACGUCCAAGACAAAAUAGACAAUGAAGUGGAAACAUACGGUGACAUCAUACAGGAGGGAUUUGUGGACUCUUACAAUAACUUAACGUUAAAAUCCAUUAUGAUGCUGAAGUGGGUCACAAAUAAUUGCAAUGAAAUCCGCUAUAUUCUGAAAACUGACGACGAUAUGUACAUCAACGUGCCGAACCUGGUAUCGAAUCUACAUAAACACGCCAAUGCUUUCGAUGAGGGCGUUGCUAAAGGCAACAAGUCCAAGGAGUAUCUGCUGAUAGGGCACCUCAUUUGUGGUGCUAGACCGGUGCAGGAUUCCAAGAGUAAAUGGUACAGCCCGCGUUACAUGUACGCGGGUCGUGUGUACCCGCGCUACUUGUCUGGCACGGGCUAUGUGAUGUCGGCCCCCACUACGCAGGCGCUGUACUCCGCGGCGCUCAUCACCAGCUACUUCCAUCUGGAGGAUAUCUACAUCACUGGCAUGUGCGCGAUCCGUUCGUCGCCGCGCAUCGUGCCGCGGGACGAGGCGGGCUUCUCGUACGAGGCGGCGCGCGGCGGUGCGGCCGGCGCCUGCGAGGCGCACGCGCGCGUGUCCGUGCACCGCGUGCCGCCGCCGCGCAUGCGCGCGCUCCAGCACCUGCUCACGCACGCCGCCGCGCUCGACAGAUGCGAAAGGAAACACCUGAUGCAGAUGAAUAAACGCCAGAGCAGACUGUUUGUUCUAUACAAGUACCUGUGUUUGCUCGUCACCAAUUCUUGUUGA